AUGGGGACUUGUGGAGGUGGGUGCAGUAUAGUAUGGUUUAGGAGAGAUCUUAGGGUGGAGGACAAUCCAGCUUUAGCUGCAGGUGUCAGGGCAGGUGCCGUUGUGCCAGUAUUUAUAUGGGCGCCUGAAGAGGAAGGACACUAUUAUCCUGGUAGGGUUUCAAGAUGGUGGCUUAAGCAGAGCUUAUCACAUCUUGAUACUUCUUUGAGGAGCCUUGGCACAUCACUUGUCACAAAGAGAUCCUCUGAUAGUGUCUCCUCACUUCUUGAGGUCAUCAAGUUGACCGGAGCUAAGCAGCUGUUCUUCAAUCAUUUAUAUGAUCCAAUAUCACUGGUGAGGGAUCACCGUGCAAAGGAAGUCUUAACAGCUGAAGGUAUAGCAGUCCGUUCUUUCAAUGCGGACCUGCUUUACGAGCCUUGGGAAGUUCUUGAUCAGGAUAGCCAGCCCUUCACGACUUUUGCUGGAUUCUGGGAGAGGUGCCUUAGCAUGCCAUACGAUCCUGAAGCUCCACUCCUCCCACCUAAAAGAAUUAUUUCUGGGGACAUCUCGAUAUGCAACCCAGAUGCCCUAUCCUUCGAGGAUGAAUCCGAGAAAGGCAGCAAUGCCCUCCUCGCCCGGGCCUGGUCUCCGGGCUGGAGCAAUGCUGACCGGGCCCUAACUGCCUUCAUAAAUGGGCCUCUCCUCGAGUACUCUAAAAACCGCCGCAAAGCUGACAGUGCCACCACCUCAUUCCUCUCUCCCCACCUCCAUUUUGGCGAGGUGAGUGUCCGGAAGGUUUUCCACCUCAUACGCAUCAAACAAGUCCUGUGGGCCAAUGAGGGAAAUCGAGCAGGUGAAGACAGCGUGAACUUGUUCCUGAAGAGCAUCGGGCUGAGGGAAUAUUCGAGGUAUAUAAGCUUCAACCACCCGCACAGCCACGAGCAGCCCUUGCUUGGCCACCUGAGGUUCUUCCCGUGGGUUAUUGAUGAAGGGUAUUUCAAGGCAUGGAGGCAGGGGAGGACAGGUUACCCGCUGGUGGACGCGGGGAUGAGGGAGCUUUGGGCUACAGGGUGGCUGCACGAUCGGAUAAGGGUGGUUGUGUCGAGUUUCUUCGUGAAAGUUCUGCAGCUGCCUUGGAGGUGGGGGAUGAAGUACUUUUGGGACACGCUACUCGAUGCAGACCUCGAGAGUGAUGCACUCGGCUGGCAGUAUAUAUCGGGGACCCUUCCUGAUGGGCGUGAGUUUGACCGUAUUGAUAAUCCACAGUUUGAGGGCUACAAAUUCGACCCAAACGGGGAAUACGUGCGGAGAUGGCUCCCCGAGCUGGCGCGCCUUCCGACCGAGUGGAUCCACCACCCGUGGGAUGCCCCUGCUUCUGUCCUCCAGGCUGCAGGCAUCGAGCUCGGCUCCAACUACCCUCUCCCGAUUGUCGGCAUUGACCACGCCAAAACCCGCCUUCAGGAGGCUCUCUCCCGUAUGUGGCAGCCCGACAUGGUCAACGAGGGCCUCGGCGAAUCUUCCGAUUCUGCGCCUGACGACUCGCGCAUGGACACCGAUGAUGGGCCCGCCCGCCACCACAACCACCCGCCUGCUCGCCGCUACGAAGACCAGAUGGUCCCGAGCAUGACAUCAUCGUCCCUUGUCGAUGUCACUUCGAUUGUUCUUGGGGUCUCGGCUGACGAGGGCCGGGCCGAGGUUCCAUCGAACGUGAAUGUUGGAACGGAGGAGGAGGUUGGGCCAGGCCCGCAUGUGCAGGUGGAUAGGGAUGGUGAUGACGAUGGUGGUGAUAGGUUUUCUGGGCUACGGAGGGCCCGAAGAAGGAACUCUGAGGACUCGACGGCAGAGUCGUCGAGCGGGAGCAGGCGGGAGAGGGACGGAGGAGUGGUGCCCGUGUGGUCCCCGCCUGUUGGGGGGGAGGAGGGCGGGAUAGGGGCAGGAUCGUCUUUUCUGCAGGUCAACUGGAGGCAGCUCCCGCAAACUGGGUAA